CCAUGGCAACUGCUGCAGAGUCCUGGGAGACCGCGAGCUCGGGGCUGUGAGUGCUGAGUGCGACUACCUGAGAUCCAACCGCAGACAGCAGGAUGGCAAGUCCUUAUGGUAGUAACGUGUCGCUCUCAAAUCAAAAACAUCCGACCAACGAGCGCCAAGAAAAUAGGAAAUCUCAGCCUAGUGAAGAGGAGGCUUUCUACUCAACUUGCCGCGCUGCGUACCUUACUGUAUUUAAAAGCAGUCUCGACAAUAUUACCAGCCGAGAGCAGCUAUGUUUAGUUCUCCAACUCGCUGGCCGAAAUCCAACAAAUAAAAUCCUGACCAAGUACUGGACAGCGAGGACCAAAGAGUUACAUUUUGAUGAUUUUUGCACCAUCAUGAAAAGAGAAAAACCUGCUGCAAAGACGGAGCUUUUAAAAGCUUUCAAAAAAAUCGACCCAGACAACAAGGGCCAUAUUUCUCAUGACGACCUUUCUAGAAUCCUCACUGGUAAUGGUGAGAAAAUGUCUCAAGAAGAAGUGCGCGCAGUAUUACGUUUGGCUGAUAUCAACAGCAAUGGCAGACUAGAAUACAAUAAGUUCUGUAACAAAUUCUUCGAAAUUUGUGACCAAUGUACCAAGAUGGCAGCAGAUAGAAUGGACUCUGACAGCAAAGCUAAACGCCAGCAAUUUGGAAGCCAAAUACAAAAAUCACCUGAACGUUCUGCGUCACCUUCAGCCAAACAAUCUCCCAGAAACUCAAGACUUUCUGAAGGCGACACUACUCCAAGAAAAGCUGAAAGUAAAUCAUCAAGACCAUCAUCGGCUCGAAGCUACAAAGCUUCUGUAUCUACAAUGUUCACCAUGGCUGCCGUCAAUGGCAAGAAUUCUAAGCUGGCUGAACCCAAUAAUUUACAGGGCUGGAAUUUUACGAAUUCAAAGGGAUGUUUUUUUCUGGAAGAAAAUGGCGAUGUAAUCAGCCAUCGAUAUAAAAUGCAAAUCCCCCAAAAAACAAAUGUUUUCCUGAAGAUCAAACCUUAUAAUCUCAGUAAGGUUGAAGGGAAGCUUUCCUCGUGGAUGUCCGUGGACACUGCUCUUUUUAUACUGAAAGAAAGUGAUGGCCGUGCAGACCCUCAGCUGGUCUCCUUUACAGAGUCCCGAUACAAAGAGACCUUUACAUGGAAAGGAGAGCUUGGUCCUGGAGUUUAUCACAUGAUUCCAUUUACUACAGGAUGUAGAUUAAGGAAAAAAAGAAAGCAAACUACGAAAGAUGCCCAGCUUGUAUACAGAGAUAGAAAUGAAGAUUUGGUCUUAACUCCAGAAUUCAAAUCGGUUUUGUCGGACAUGUUUGAUAUCAUUGAUUUAGAUGGAAAUGGGUACCUUAGCCUGGAGGAAUAUAAUUUCUUCGAGCUCAGAACCAGUGGUGAAAAAUGCGACGAAGAUGCAUGGGAGGUUUGCAAAGAAAACUUUGAAACAAGCAAAAAUGAACUUACAAAACAAGGAUUUUUGGAACUAAAUCUUAUGGAAGCCAAUGACCGUGAAGGUGACCCGAGUGACCUCUGGGUGACUCUGCAGUCCAUGGGAUACAACAAAGCAUUAGAACUGACCGAGGCGUGUCCCUUUCUUAUUGAGGCCUAUGCUGAGAAAUGCAAGCCAAAGCUCCAGGCUUUGAGUUUGGAGUCCAGCACCAAGCAGCUCCAGAAGGUGGUCUGCAGAUCGGUCAUCCUGAAAGGUGAUCCCAAAAGCGCAGAGGGUUAUGAAGAUGUAGCUUUCUACACCUACAUGAAUGACACCAGGAUCAGUUCUGUUAUUGAGAAUAAGUCGAACAGUAAAGUGGUCGUACAGGUUAACAACGAGCAAAGUAAGAACUGUAUCAGCAGCCGAGGAUUGAAUGUGUUUGCAGUGGAAGUGCCACCAAAAGCUACAAUGGUCUCUCAGCAUGUCAUGCCAAUGAAUGAGCGGCAAGAAUGUACAUAUCAUUGUGUACAAAGCAUCGUCAGCUGAAACGACUUGACACCAGGGGAACAGUUCCACUAAGGCCAAAUAUUCUAUUGUGGGUCCAAUGUAUUCAACAAAUGUAAUCACAUUUUGUUUUCUGUUUUUUUUCUUAAAGAAAUUUUGCAUUAAAAUGGCUUAUAUAAAUAUAAA